GAACAGAAGGGCAAUCUUCAUUCUGAAAGAGCAUAACAUAACCGGAUUCCCAACUGGAGUAACUAUAGACACGGAAGGGAUGCUGUGGGUCGGCGUUUUCAUUGGUGGACAGGUAUUGAGGAUUGACCCGGAGUCUGGUAAACUGUUGAGGUCGAUAAAAAUACCAGGCAAACAGGUGACAAGUGUCGCAUUUGGAGGGAAAAAACUGGACACUUUAUUCGUGACAACGUCACAGAUUCUACAGGAGAUUUCCCCACCAACCAAGAACGAUGGCAGGGUUUACUAUGUAACUGGCCUCAAGUCUUCUGGAAAGCCAAUUAUAGGAUAUCCUCCACAAUGUGUAAACCUAACAUGAAGUUCACAAUAAACAAGUGCAGGUUGUUCAUGAAAUUGAAUGAUCAAUGUAUGGUGGAUGACUGUAUGCUGAAUAAAAGAUUAACCAA